UUAAAUUAAUUCUCUUGCUUGUUUUAAAAUUUUGCAGUUAAUUAGUUCAUUUUUCUGAUUUUAUCUGAAUCGUAGUUCAUACAAUUGACCUUGAACUCGAAAUUUGACCUUAACCUUGGAUCUUUGCAAUGAAUAAAAAAAAUGUCGAUUUGUCAACAACCUUGAAGGUUAAGGUUCUUGUUUAUUUUUAUCCUUCACUUGAGCUUAUUGUUAAUUUCUGUUUAUUUACUGCAAGUUAAUCAAUUGAUUGGUGUUUCUCCUCUUCUUUUAAUUACCUCAAAACUAACAUUCAUCAUCUCUAUUAUCACCAUCAUCUAAUUCAUGUGAUUAAAAUCAUCUAAUUCUAUUCUACAUUUUAAUUUAUCUCUUUUUCUGUAACAAGUGAAUGUCUCUCAUUGUCAUUGUUUACCUUUUUCUAGUUUGUUGUUAAGAUGAUGUUUCACUUUCAACUGAUUAUCCUGGUUAAUUAUUUGUUCCACUGAUUACAGUUCACUUAAUUCAAUGAAUUUCUCCAAUUACACCAAUCAUCCUAUUUAAUUCGCUGAGUAAAACUGUUAAUUGUUACCAACCUCAUUCUCUCCUUCAAACCAAAUGGUCUCAAUGUCCAAUACAUAAGCAAACAUAUUCUAUUAAUUAAUCGCAAUCAUCAGUGUUUUUAUUUGUUCUUUGAUGAUUUAUUGUUAUCGAAUUUUAUUCUUCAAUCAUCAUCGAUUCUCAAACCAUAUUGGCUUUUCAAUUAUCUCUCAUCAUUCAUCAAUCGUUAUUUAUUUACUCAUCUCGUUAUUGUGUUUACUCUUGCGGUCGAAAUGUUUUCAGAUCGACAAACGCCUUUGAUUAAAAUUGGUCAUUACAUUUUGGGCGAAACUCUUGGGGUUGGAACCUUUGGAAAAGUGAAGACUGCGAAACAUCAGUUGACUGGACACAAAGUCGCUGUUAAAAUAUUGAAUCGAGAGAAGAUCAAAAAUCUUGAUGUCGUUGGUAAAAUAAGGAGAGAAAUUCAGAAUCUCAAAUUGUUCCGUCAUCCGCAUAUAAUUAAACUUUACCAAGUGAUUAGUACUCCUUCUGAUAUUUUCAUGGUGAUGGAAUAUGUUUCUGGUGGUGAAUUAUUUGAAUAUAUUGUUAAACAUGGGAAAUUGAAGGAAUCGGAAGCAAGAAGAUUUUUCCAACAAAUUAUCUCCGGUGUUGAUUAUUGUCAUCGUCAUAUGGUCGUUCAUCGAGAUUUAAAGCCCGAGAAUUUGUUGCUCGAUUCAAACCAAUGUGUUAAAAUCGCCGAUUUCGGCCUUUCUAACAUGAUGAUGGACGGAGAAUUCCUAAGAACCUCUUGUGGGUCACCUAAUUACGCAGCUCCGGAAGUGAUUUCGGGCAAAUUAUAUGCUGGACCCGAAGUGGACAUUUGGAGUGCAGGGGUCAUUCUAUAUGCUCUUCUUUGCGGAACUUUACCAUUCGAUGAUGAACAUGUUCCAUCACUUUUCCGAAAAAUUAAAACUGGUAUAUUCCCGAUUCCCGAUUAUUUGAACAAAACGACAGUUGAUUUAUUGGUUCAUAUGUUACAAGUCGAUCCAAUUAAAAGAGCAACAAUGGAAGAUAUCAAAAAUCAUGAUUGGUUCAAAAAAGAUUUACCUGGUUAUUUGUUUCCAAUUCCAAGUGAAUCAGAUGCAUCGAUUAUUGAUAUAACUGCAAUCAAAGAAGUCUGUGAGAAAUUUGGUGUUUCUGAUAAAGAAGUUCAUAGUUCCCUUUUAAGUGGUGAUCCUCAUGAUCAAUUGGCAAUUGCUUAUAAUUUAAUAAUUGAUAACAAGAGAAUCGAAGACGAAACAUCAAAAUUGGACAUUAAAGACUUUUAUGUGGCCUCAUCACCUCCUCCGCCCUCAUACUAUGAUAGUCCUUCUCGAUUCGGUAUAAAUGUCCUCAAUCGUACGCGGCUCUUUAGUGGCUCAAGUCUAAGUUCCAGUGUAGAAAAAUCAUCGAAAGGAACACCGAUGAAAAAAGCGAAAUGGCAUUUAGGUAUUCGAUCCCAAAGUAAACCAAAUGACAUCAUGAAUGAAGUUUUCAAAGCAAUGAAAACUCUUGAUAUGGAAUGGAAAAUUGUAAACCCAUUCAAUGUUCGUGCUCGAAGGAAAAGUUCACAAUCAGGUCGCUUCAUCAAAAUGGCCUUACAACUUUACCAAGUCGAUCAUAAGAGUUUCCUUCUUGAUUUUAAAUCGUUACCAAGUGUUGAAGAUACAGAGAGCAAAGAAAACACUGAGGAUUCAAUUGAAGGAGAAACGGGCACCGGUGGAGAAUCAGUUAACGAAGACAAAGGAGAAGGUGCCGAUGGUGACAAUUUAAACACAACAAUUACUCCAACCCUGACAAUUAACAAUUCGAUAAACGAUCCAUACUCGUCUAAAUCUCACCUACAUCAUGUUAUGGAUUUUUUUGAAAUGUGUGCUUCACUAAUUACCCAAUUAGCUCGUUGAAAUAAUCUUCGUUGAUUAGUUAAUAGUUUAGUUUGUUAAAAAGAUUAGUGUUGAUAUUUAAAUUUUCAAUUGAAUCGCAAAUGAAAAAGUUUAAUUUGGUUCUACUGUAAAUUCACUUUAACUAAGACAGAAAAGUCUACGAACUCAUCAAAUUAAUUAUAUUCUUAACUUAUUGAAAACAGAAAGUACACUAACAAUACACCAAUUAAGUAACAAUAUCUAAUAAUUAACUAAUUAUUUCUGCUGAUUGAAUUUACAUCAAGUUGGAAAUUGUCACAAUCGUUGCCAAUAAGAUUGCAAUCAGAUCACAAACUAUUAAUGUAAAUACACUGUUAUUGAUGAAAUUAAAUUUAAAUUCAUUGGAUGUUGUUACCAAAUUUGUACAGAGAAUUAAUAAUAAAUGAAUAAAAGAGUUAAAUUGUAA